UAAUACAGGUAAGUGUGUGUGAUCUCCAGAGUUAUUUGUGUGUGUGUGUGUGUGUUUCUGUGUGUGUUUAUACAGGUAAGUGUUUGUGAUCUCCAGAUGUAUUUAUGUGUGUGUGUGUGUGUGUGUGUGUGCUCCAUGUGUGUUCAUGUCUAUUAGGCUUCAUAGAGCUCAUCUCUCUACUCUGGUAUUACAGUGGAGAAGGAGAUGAAGAGGAAGAUAACUGCUAAAGACAGGAAGAGGAAGGAGGAAUCUGUCAAGUCUCUGGUUUUGCGUCCAUGGCGGAAGGCAACAGAUGAUGAGUUAAUGAAGAAAAUCAAUCAACUGGAGAACAAGACCAGUGAGGUGGAGAAGACAAAACAAGAACUAGAGGAGAAGAAUAAACUCCUCCAGGAGACAGAGACAGAUCUAGAGAACAUGACUAAACGAGAGAAGGAGAGGGAGGGACUACUGGAGAACAUGACCAGUGAGCUGGAGACCAGUAUAAGACAACUGGAGUCACUGGAAAAGGAACUGCAGGACAGGAACAGCCAACUACAGGACCUGAGAACCCAACUACAAGAACAAGGCAGGGAGCUGGAGGAGAGAGACAGACAGCUGGAGGAGAGAAACAGACAGCUGGAGGAGAGAGAGAGACAGCUGGAGCAGAGAAACAGACAGCUGGAGGAGAGAGAAAGAGAACAGCUGACUGAUCCAGGUCCUCCUCCAAUCAGGAGAAGUGGAAGUAACGAUAAUGAUUUUCUUCGUCCAAACAUGGGAGGAGAGAGUCCUGGUCCAGCGCCCCCAGUGUCUCCUGCUGUGUCUGAGCUGAGGCUGGUGCUGCUGGGGGGGAGCACAGCUGGGAAGAGGGCAGCAGGAAACACCAUCCUGGGCACAGAGGAGUUUGGGAGGCAGGCCAGCACACUCACACACACAUCCACAGAGACCCAGCACAGUGAGAGCAGACAGGGGGAGGUGGCUGGGAGACGGGUGACCGUGGUGGAAACUCCAGACUGGUUCUGCAGUGGACUCUCUGAGAAGGACCUGAGACAGGACGUGGGGCUUUGUGUCCGUCUGUCUGCCCCAGGACCUCACGCCUUCCUCCUGGUGAUUCCAGUGGAGCCGUCUGAAGGAGAGGAGAUGAGGAUGCUGGAGAAAAUGGAGGAUAUGUUUGGGGAGGGCUGUUGGGGACACACACUGAUCCUCUUCACCAAUGCUGAGGGGCUGGGAGAGAGGAGUGUGGAGGAGUUGCUCCAGACAGGGAGCCAGGAGCUCCAGCAGCUGGUAGAGAAAUGUGGGAACAGGUGUCACCUUCUCAACGUUAAGGACAGGCCUGACGACACUAAGAUCACACAGCUGCUACAGAAGAUAGAUGAGAUUGUGUCAGGAAAAAGAGAUAGAUUCUACAGCAGUCAGACCUACCAGGAGGCAGAGAAACAGGUCAGGAAGAUAGAGAGAAGGAUACAGCAAGAACAAGAGGUGGAGGAGAGGAAACUGAUGGAGGAGAUAGAGAAAAGAAAGGAACUUGAUGAAAAGCGGGAGAGUGAUAUUCAGCAGCUUGAAGGAGAAAUUAGAAUAUUAAAUGAGAGAACAACAGUAAUGGAGAGCAAGAUGGAGGAAGAGAGGGAUGAAGAGGAAAAAGAAUGAAGCGAUAACAGAGAAAGAGGAGCUGGAGAGAAGGCUGACCAGAGUGACAAAUAAGAGAAAAGUGGAGAAGAGAGAGAUGGAGGAGCUGGAGAGAAGGCUGACCAGUGUGAGAAAUAAGAGAAAAAGGGAGUGGAGAGAGACAGAGGAGAUGGAGGAGAGUCACAGAAAGGAGAUGGAGGAGAUGAGAGAGAGCUAUGACAUAGAGGUCUGGGAGGGAGCAGCAGAGAGAAACCUCAUGAAGAUCAUCCUAACUUGCCUACAGAAAAUCAUCAGCAUCACCAAGAUGGAGGGCGAGUUCAACAAACAGAUGGAGGAGAAGAACAGAGAGAUCAAAAGAAUGAAGGACAGACUGAGAGUGAAUAAGGGGAAGUUAAUGGACAUAUUUCAAGGGGCGGUGGAGAGAUUAGGAGGACUGCCUAGCGAUAGUGAAUCUGAGUUUGAGAACUGAGAGGAGAGGGGUCAUGUUCAACAUCAACAGACCUCAAGUCAGAGUGGAGUGACUGAGUCCCUCAAGAAGAUAGAAACACAUUCCAAGAGACCAGAUGCACUAUGAUUCUCCAUGGAGAUGAAUGAUAAAGAUUAGGGAACGUGUCUGUUUCAUACAAUUACAUAUAUUACCCAUCUGCUGUAAAGGGGUGGUGUUUAUAUUAGACCUGUGAGUCCAUCAUUACUAAAGGAGGACAGGUCUGCUGUAAAGGGGUGGUGUUUAUAUUAGACCUGUGAGUCCAUCAUUAAUAAAGGAGGACAGGUCUGCAAAAGUUUUUGUUUGAUAUUAUAUUAACAUACUUUUCAAAUAGCCAUUGGCCAGGCUGUCAGAUAUAUAUUUUAUCACUAUAACAUUACACUCAUAAUCAGAAGACUAUUUUAUUUUUUCUUUGUCAAGUUCAUUAAAAACUGCUGAUGUUAUGGAUUGCGUUCAAGAUGAGGAAAAACAGUCUCACCAGUUACAUUUUAAGCAGUGGGUUUCAAUGUGGUAAAAUCUUUAAAUGAGUUAAGUGCUUAGGCUAUGUUUUAAUUAAAUGUUAUACUGAAAU